UUCAAUCGACGCGACGUUUCGAUAGUGAAGUUGCUAAUAUAGUUUCCGCCAAAAAAGACCGCUUUACCUAAUGUCAAAUAGACAAUAUUAUUCUCAAUUGUGUAGUCUACUGCUUUAUAAUUAUUUUUACUAUAAACUGUAUAUGAUUUUUUAAAUCAAUAUUUUGUGUAUUAUGUGUAAAAUUAGUUAUCUAAUCUCAAUAUGAAGCCGUAUAAAAGUGAAAGUAUUCAAAGAUUUUCUUGUUGCAAAUACUGCGAAGAGCUAGAAGUUUCAAAAAAAGUUGGAAUUGGAAACGAUAAAAAUAUCGCAGAUUUCAUCGGUGUUAUAGAACAAAACAAGAACAACUAUGAGUUGAAACCCGAAGUCUGUAUGGAGUUUCCCGUAAAUAAUUUGAAUGUAGAUUCUAAUGUAACGAAAAUGUUCAUCGACCCACGAAAAAUCACUUGUCCCCGUUGUCUUAGAUUUAUUACGAAGAAAUCUAAGCUGUUCCGGCAAACAGAAUCUAGCAACGUGGGAUUGUGUCAUCAUUGUGUAGAUUUCGGCCGGUACAACUGUCCGUGCCAUGCGUGCAAAACCACAACAGAAAAAAGUACCACUUCUAAGUCGAGCCAAAACAAAGCAUAUUUAACUAAGCAAUGGUUAAAAAAGAUAAAAACAAUACUACGAGAUAUAGCAUUAAAUCAACACAAUACAAUGAAACAGUUUGGAAGCGCACAAUUUUCUUUAGAUCGAUUCACAGAAGAUGCCAAAAGUGUUAAGUCUGCAAGAGAAACAAACAAACUAAGUAUUCUGUCUGAAUUGUUUUCUAGUGAUUCAUGUAGCAAAAGUAUACAUAAAGUUUCACUUUCAACCAAUUUUAGAUUGGAGAAAAGAAAGAAAAGAAAAUCAUUUUUAGAACAGAGCCGAACCUGUAUAAAAAACGCAAGCUAUCUAUCGAUUACUAGUCCUGUGCGUGAAUCUGCAAUUAAUUUCAAUGAAAAGGUUUCGUUUAAAACGGAUUUUAAAACAGCGGUUUCUUUAAGCAUAGAAACAUUAAAUACGGUUGAGUUAGAAAAACUCAACAAAUACAAUAGAUUUUCUGAACUUCAUUUUAAUACAAAGACCUCCAAAGCUGUAGAGACAAUUUACUCCAAAGCUCCUUCCGAUGAUCAUUAUAAAAGCCGUUUGAGAAAAGUGAAAAAUAAAAAUGUUCCAAAAGAAAGUCAAUCUGAGGACUUUCUUAAAAAUAAUAAUUUUGAGCAAGAAGCUCGCAAAGAAAGUGUUUCCUCUGUUAUAUCCCUAAAAGAGGCCUUUACUUUUAACUUUCCCCAAUCUCCCAUUUUAGUAAAUAAAAUGAAAUCAUAUAAAGAUUCUACGGAUUUAAUAAAAGAAGUACAAGAAAUGUUGCAAGUUAAAUCCAAAUUUAAUAAACUAACAAAUGAAGGAAAUCAUUUUCAGGGAGAAAUACAAGCUAAAGUUCAGAUCCUUAAAAAAAAGCGAGUAGAAAAAAAACCCUUGCCAAUUAGAACUCGUGAAACAAAGCACAAAAAUAGCCGAAUAGAAAGCGAGCAUCUAAACAUUAAUCAGGUAGAAAAUAAAACAAACGAAAUAACACAUAUUUCAAAAGAAAAAGCAAACAAAAAAAUUAAAAAUGGUCCAGCAGAUAACAUGCAAGAAGAACCAAAUUUAAAAGAACAGGAUAAGGACUACAAAAGAAACGGAAAAAAUCAAAUAUGGAGAAAUAGCCCAAGUGGUGAUAAUAGCACGCUUAAAAAAAAGAAAAUUAAAGAUACCAAAGAAAAGGAUGACCUCUUAAAAAUAAGUAACGAUGAAAAAGACCGUUUAAAAAAAAAGAAAAAAGAAGAAACACAGCCUGAUGAAAAGGUAAAGCGAAAACAAUUAAGACUAGAAAAAUUAGAUGUUCUCCAGAAUGAACAUGAGAGUAAUACGCACGAAAAACAAAAAAGUUCGCUUGGCCGUGAAGAAGACGUUCAGAAUAUAUUUAAAGAAAAAUUAAAAGAGAAACUCAAUCAAGUUAAGGAUAAAAAGGUCCAAAGUAACCUCGAAGAAAAGACGGGUAAAAAUGUUGGAAAAAAUCUAAAUGAAAUUACCAGUGAAGAUAAAUUAAAGAAGCAGCUAAAAACAAACGAAAUUACUCAAUUGCCAAAUAAAGAUUUGAAAAAUAACGAAAUGAAUCCUAAUAAAAUAAAAGUACGCGCACCAUCAACGGAUGAUUUGAUUCUUCGUUUGGUAAAAUUGAAGCAAUCUUCAAAAAGUAUUCCAAAAAAACCUAGUCGAUUAUCAGACCUUAAUGUUUCGUCAUUUAUGGUUCAAAAUCACUUAGAACUUCACAAAAAUAACAAAACGUCUUCUUGUAUGAUAUGUAUUGAUUCAGAUUUAGAAUUGGACAUUGAAAAUAUUGUAUUGAACGCUAAAAAUAGAAAAACUAAUUAUGAUGUUGUGGUUGGACAGAAAAUAUUAAAAACCAAACCAAACGAAAAAAACGACGAGGGCUCUGUGCCUCUGUUAUUUCAGACAUAUUAUGAUGAGAAUAUGGCUUAUACGAAAUCUGGAGAUAGAUCAGAUAAAAAUUUAAAUAAUGAGAAUAAACUUAUUUCGAUGCCAAGCUCGAAGAUUCCAAAAGCAAUUGAUCAAGAAUCCACAAAAGGUAUAACGCGUUAUGCUUUAUCUGAUCGGUCUUUCAUUGAUAAAGGAUGGACGUUAUUACCUAUUGAAAAAGUGGUUCGCAAGAUGAACGUAUAUCGUAUGCGACCAGCUCAUCCUGAAUUUAACUGGUUUGAACGUAACAAGAAUAAAGGCAUAAAACAUUACGACUCUGGAGAAAAACUAGCAGAAUUCGAUGAUAAUGGACGUGGUCGUUGGUUUUACAGAAAUGGUCAACUUGCGCUUGAUUAUUACGACGCUGAAGAGAGCAACGCGCAGCAGCGAUUUGUGGUAUAUAGCAGCGGCGAGAAAAAUGAAAAUGGUCGAUCACAUCCUACCACCGUUUUAGCAACGUUUGAUUAUUUGGGUAAUGGUAUAGUAUUUGAUCACAGUGGUAAAAUUCGACUCAAAUACAAUCAAACUGAAGGCGUUAUACUGGACACAAAAUUAGGACCAGUUUCUCAUUGGAAAUGGCACACUUUGAAUGAUCCGCCGGUUUUACAAAAAGUUAUGAUAGAUACGCAGCUAGCGCAAAAAGAUCCUGAAAUUUUGAAAAUUGGUGGACAUGCAGAUGAUAACACGCGCCCAGAUAAUGAGGAAAUGCUCGCUAUUGAGUUCGACAACUUUAUAAAAGAGAAAAGUAAAAAACUGUCCCAAUCUUUCAAACCCUUUCAAAUAAAAAUGAAAGCUUUGAAGAUCAAUGAUAACUUCUCAUUGAAGAUACUAGAUCAAGCCACAGUAUAUCUCAUUUUUAGAGAUGGUACUACCAACUUGAAAUUAAACAUUGGAAUGAUUUUAGACCACAAAGAAAUCGUAGAUACUGAUACCGCUGAGGUUGGAGAAGUUUCGAACAAUUUAGAACGGUUUCCAGCACGUACUCAAAGUCUUGCCGGACUUCAGCGAAGCGUUGCAUUUGCUCAGCGCUUCGAAAGAUUAAGAAUUGAACGACAACGUCGGCUACAACCUUGCGCGAGUACUGAUCAAAUUACUAAAGCUAUUUCACGGCCCCCGCGGCACAUAUUGCAAACUAUGUCAGCCAGCUCCUCCGCCUUCGUACCAUGUUGCAAAUGUAGUAGAAAACCAUCUUCGACUAACCUGUAUUAUAACACUCGUCUAGAUUAAAUUUUAGAAUACAUUAUGAAAAUACCCUUUUCGGCACCUCGGCUCAGUAGAUGGAUUAAUAUCCCAAAGAAAGGCACUUACUAGUGAUAUAACGACUUGAGGGUCUGUACGAGGUGCCAUUAUAUAUGUCCAUUUUAUCUAUUCUGCUGCGAAACGGAACAUGAAUUUCGUUUUACAGAAUAGGAAUGCAAUUACUUAUUUCAACGCAUUUUUGGGCAAAUUGGCCAUGGUGUUCAUGUUAUGUUGCCUUUUUUUAAACUUGCCCUCAUAACAUCAUAAUACCCGCACGUCUGCCCAUUUAAUAAAAUUUUGUAUCGAAUAGAAAAGACGAAAUAUCAAACUAUAAAGACUAGCGCAUACAGAACUACACCAUUUUUAAUUGUCUUCGAAGAGAGACUAGCACACGACUUAAAUGGUUGAUGGUGACUUAUCACUGUCGUUUAUCGACGUCGCAAAUUUAAAGACAUCGCUAAGCCUACUGUCGAGAUCUCUUUAAACCCUGUUUUCGGACCUGUCGUAAAACUUAGUACUGUGGAGGGAAUUAAAUCCAGAGUCGGAGUGUGGCAGUGUGGAAACGCACUCUGGAUGUGUUCAGUGUUUUCAGGCCCUAAGAGUGAACUCAACUCCUUUAAUAUGAUGACAAAAUCAACUCAAACAAUUCCCUGAGCAUUUAAGUUUUAUUAAAGUACUAAGUAAAUAUUUGUUAUGUAAAGUUUAUAUCUUGGUAUUGUAAUCUGUAAAAGGGUUCGAUUAUUACAAGAACAUAUACUGUGUCUGAUUUUUAACAAUUUAAAUAAUCAGUAUAUAACGAGUUUGUUUCAUUUUUUUAAAUUUUAUUCGUUAUUACUGUAUUUUUUAAAUAAAUUUUACAGCUAAA